AUGGAUUUCGCCUCCUUGAUGUCCAAGGAGAUCUCAAAGGCCAAGGGCACCUCUGCCUCACCAGAUCCCUCCGACGGAAACUCCAAACCAGAAAAGAAAUACGUACGCCGGGGUGAGCUCGAAGCCGCCCGCAUCGCAGCCUACAAUGAAGAGCAAGAGCGACUCCGCCGAGAGCGCGAAGCACGCAACGCCCAAAAGCGCAAACUUGAGGAAGAAGAAGCCGCCCAGCGACGCGAACGAGAGGAGAAAAAAAGAAGACUAGCCGAGGAGUCUCAGAAAAGGAGAGAAGAGAAAGAGGCGGAACAGGAACGGGAGAGGAGGAAGCGACUGGGUCUGCCGGAGCUGCCUGAACCCGCCAAGCAGGACGAGGAGGCGAAGGAUUCGGAGAAUGGAGGCGAAGAUGAUAUUCCCAAUGAAGAGCUGAUUGCGAAACUACGUGAAAUUGAUGAACCAGCGCGGCUAUUUGGGGAGACUCAUCAUGCACGCCUACGACGGUAUCGUCGACUUACUUCCAAGUCGCUGGGAGGGAAAUCCAAACUCUCCGACGGACCUAUACCUACGACGCUGGAACUGGUUCCGGAAGUAGAGAUGAAGAUACCAUCAUCCGUUCCCAAGGAUAAGGAAGGGCGGAUAUUCCUCAUGCGGCAGCUGGCGUCGUACUUCAACAUGGUGUUGUCGGAGUGGGAGAUCGCUUUAUCCAAGCGGGAUCUAGCCGUCAAGCAGAGUCUACAGGGAAGACAAGCGUAUAACGCAAUGGUGCAAUCUAGAGAGAACCUGAAGCCCUUAUACCGCAAGUUCGAAAAGGGGGAUGUCGAUAAAGGAGUCCUGGAACCUGUCGUCGAGAUUGUGCAUAAAGCUCAGCUAAGGAGAUACGUCGAUGCCAAUGACGCAUACUUGAGAUUGAGUAUCGGAAAGGCGGCAUGGCCUAUCGGUGUGACCAUGGUUGGUAUCCACGAACGAUCAGCACGAGAAAAACUCCACCAAAGCGACCAGCAGGCGCAUAUCCUGAGCGACGAAAUUACUCGAAAGUACCUCCAGGCCAUCAAACGAUGUCUCACAUUUGCGCAGGUGCGGUGGCCACCGGACGAUCAGCUGCAGUUGAUGGGAUGA